AGCUUGAGGGCGGGGGAAGUCGAGGAAGCGUUGCCGAGCUGCUCUUCGCGGUGGGAUUGUAACAAACCCUCGCAAUCGCGAGACGGUGUUCGUGUGCGCAUUCGCUCGUGUUUUUUGGAGUAUGGGGUGGGAUCUGCGCCUCGUGGGUGUUUGUUGAGGUUUAGCGCGCUUGAAUCGAGCUCGGAAGAAGGACUCCACUGUUAAAUUUGUUGCUCGUGGUCGCCAUGGCGGUACCGAUGGCCGCCUCCUCGCUCGUCGUUUGGAUGCUGUUGACGCUGCCACUUGUGUCUGGGUUCUAUUUGCCUGGUGUGGCGCCUCUGGACCUUGCGCAGGGUGAUAAGGUCCAAGUGAAGGUGAACAAAUUAACGUCCACGAAAACACAGCUACCAUAUGAGUAUUACUCUCUUGACUACUGCAAGCCAAAAAAGGUUGAAAACAUGGCUGAGAACCUUGGUGAGGUUCUUCGUGGCGACCGCAUAGAGAAUUCUCCUUAUGUCUUCAAAAUGAAGGUGAAUGAACAAUGUAAAAUUGUUUGCAAAACAAAACUCAGUGAAAAGUCUGCUAAGAUCUUCAAAGAAAGGAUUAAGUAUGACUACCGUGUGAACAUGAUCCUUGAUAACCUGCCAGUGGCAAUGGUCAACACGGAAAGCCGAAUCAAGAUCUAUGACCGGGGAUUUCCCGUUGGUCAAACGUUGUCCUUGAGUGAUGUAAAAAAUGAAGAGAAAAAAGUCGAUUUGAAGUAUUUCAUCUUUAACCACCUCAGCUUCGUUGUGUCGUAUCACCAAGAUCCUGUCUCUACAGAUUCCAGAAUCGUUGGCUUUGAGGUGGCUCCUCAUAGUGUGAAACAUGAAUAUGGAACAUGGGAAGAUGAGAAGACUAAAUUGAAGACUUGUAACCCAGCCCAGAAGGUGACUGUUCCCGGUCAUCAAGCUCCUCAGGAAGUCGUGGCGGAUGGAGAAAUAAUCUUUACAUACGACGUGAAAUUCGUACCUAGUGAUGUGAAGUGGGCAUCUCGGUGGGACACGUAUUUACUGUCGCAAGAUGACCAGAUCCAUUGGUUUUCGAUUAUCAAUUCCUUGAUGAUUGUCCUCUUCCUUUCCGGCAUGGUAGCCAUGAUCAUGAUGCGAACCCUCCACCGCGACAUCUCAAACUAUAAUCAAUUGGACACUUUAGAGGAAGCCCAAGAAGAAACUGGAUGGAAACUGGUUCACGGAGACGUGUUUAGACCUCCCAUCAAUGCUGGAUUACUGUGUGCUUACGUGGGCACAGGGGUGCAAUUCCUAGGAAUGACCGUGGUGACAAUGAUCUUCGCCCUCUUUGGUUUUCUGUCGCCAGCAAACAGGGGUGGCCUUAUGACAGCCAUGCUUCUCUUGUGGGUCUUCAUGGGUUUGUUCGCUGGGUACUCUUCCGCCCGUCUUUACAAGCAAUUCAAGGGCACUGACUGGAAACUCAAUACCCUGAAGACGGCCUUCAUGUUCCCGGGCGCCGUUUUUGUGGUCUUUUUCAUCUUAAACGCUAUUAUCUGGGGACAAAAAUCCUCAGGAGCUAUUCCUUUCACGACGAUGAUUGCACUUGUCCUCCUGUGGUUUGGUAUCUCCGUACCGCUAGUCUUCGUUGGCAGCUACUUUGGAUUCAAGAAACCCGCUGUAGAUGACCCGGUCAGAACCAACAAGAUUCCCAGACAAGUGCCGGAACAGGCUUGGUACAUGCAGCCCGUAUUUUCAAUCUUGAUCGGAGGAAUUCUGCCUUUUGGAGCCGUCUUCAUUGAGCUUUUCUUCAUCCUGACCUCAAUUUGGUUGAAUAAGUUCUAUUACAUUUUUGGCUUCCUCUUCUUGGUAUUCCUGAUCCUCGUGGUGACGUGCGCCGAGAUUACCAUUGUGCUCUGCUACUUCCAGUUGUGCAGCGAAGACUACAACUGGUGGUGGAGGGCAUAUUUUACAGCUGGCUCAUCCGCUCUAUACCUCUUCCUGUAUGCAGCGUUCUACUUCUUCACGAAGCUUGACAUCACUAAGGUUGUAUCUGGGAUCUUGUACUUCGGCUACAUGCUCAUCAUCUCCUAUUCCUUCUUUGUGCUCACUGGAACUAUGGGCUUCUACGCCUGCUACUGGUUUGUGCGCACGAUUUAUGCUGCAGUGAAGAUCGACUAAAUUGGAGCGCAUUUACAGAUGACUAUUAUUCUUAGUCUAAAGAGAUUAUUUUGAUGAUGGGGAGGUGGGCUAAAGCUGAUGGGUCAAUUUAUUGUGGAGAGGUCCAACUGUAAUUGACCUAGUAGAAUCCUUGUCGCUACUGCGAGAAUAGUGUCAGAGGGAUUGGACGUAUGUGCAUUAGCUAGCUAUUGCUCUGAAGACUCCUGGUAUUUCUAGCCCGUCCAGGAUACUGCAGUUUUUCUCAGCGCGUGUUGGCCAAAGUAGAGGACCCCGCUCUUUCAUGUACUGGCAGAACAUAUCUUCUCGAGCGUGAAGUAAAACGAUACAGCCGUUCUGAUGCUACA